GCUGAUCGUUAGGUGCUCCGUUGUCCGUGUAUCAGCAUGUCUUAUCAGAUGCCGCAAAAUAGAACAAUGUCGCAUAAUCCGUACAAUUCAUCGGACAUGCCGAUACAAUCGGCAAAGGAGCAAACACUGAUGUGGCAACAAAAUUCAUACCUCGGCGAUUCGGGCAUCCAUUCAGGUGCGGUGACGCAGGUACCAUCGCUAAGCGGAAAGGAUGACGAAAUGGAAGACGAUCCGCUCAUGUUCGACAUGGAUCAAGGCUUUUCGCAAAAUUUCACCCAGGACCAAGUUGACGAUAUGAACCAGCAGCUGAGUCAGACGCGCUCGCAGCGCGUUCGCGCCGCAAUGUUCCCGGAAACGCUGGAGGAAGGCAUUGAGAUCCCUUCGACACAGUUCGAUCCGCAGCAACCGACUGCUGUCCAACGGUUGGCUGAACCCUCGCAGAUGCUUAAGCAUGCAGUCGUCAAUCUUAUCAACUACCAGGAUGAUGCGGACCUGGCGACGCGCGCCAUUCCUGAGUUGAUCAAGCUGCUGAACGACGAGGACCAAGUAGUGGUGUCACAGGCAGCCAUGAUGGUCCAUCAGUUGUCAAAGAAGGAGGCGUCCAGGCACGCGAUCAUGAACAGCCCACAGAUGGUGGCAGCACUCGUUCGCGCCCUCUCUAACUCGAACGAUCUCGAAACAACGAAAGGGGCGGUCGGAACACUGCAUAACUUGUCGCAUCACCGACAAGGCCUUCUGGCCAUUUUCAAGUCCGGCGGUAUCCCAGCUCUGGUGAAGUUACUAUCGUCGCCGGUCGAAUCGGUGCUGUUCUAUGCAAUCACAACGCUGCACAACUUGUUGCUACAUCAAGACGGUAGCAAAAUGGCAGUACGGCUGGCGGGAGGCCUUCAAAAAAUGGUCGCCCUACUGCAGCGCAACAAUGUUAAAUUUCUUGCCAUCGUCACCGACUGCUUGCAGAUCUUGGCGUACGGUAAUCAAGAGAGCAAGCUAAUUAUCCUUGCAUCGACUGGCCCGAGCGAACUGGUGCGCAUCAUGCGGUCGUACGACUAUGAGAAGCUGCUAUGGACUACGUCGCGCGUGCUAAAAGUGUUGUCGGUUUGCUCGAGCAACAAACCGGCCAUAGUCGAGGCGGGCGGCAUGCAGGCUUUAGCCAUGCAUCUAGGCAACCAAUCGCAGCGUUUGGUGCAGAACUGUCUGUGGACAUUGCGCAACCUUUCUGAUGCGGCCACGAAGGUUGACGGUCUCGAAACACUAUUGUCCGGGCUAGUAACAGUGCUUGGAUCGUCUGAUGUAAACGUGGUUACGUGCGCGGCGGGUAUUCUGUCCAAUCUAACGUGCAACAAUCAACGUAACAAAGUGACCGUUUGCCAGGUUGGUGGCGUCGAGGCGCUUGUGGGCACCAUUAUUAACGCUGGCGAUCGUGAGGAGAUCACCGAACCAGCAGUAUGCGCCCUGCGUCAUUUGACAUCACGCCACCCAGAAUCAGAGGCUGCCCAAAACGUUGUUCGCAACGGGUAUGGGUUACCAGUGAUCGUGAAGCUACUUAAUCCGCCCUCGCGUUGGCCACUGAUUAAGGCCGUUAUCGGACUGAUCCGCAACUUGGCACUGUGUCCGGCUAACGCAGCCCCGCUACGCGAACACGGUGCUAUUUAUUUGUUGGUCCGGCUGCUUCUAAAGGCAUUUCAGGAUACUCAGCGGCAACGCUCGUCGUUGGCGACCAACGGCUCGCAACCACCGGGAGCUUAUGCGGAUGGAGUACGCAUGGAGGAGAUCGUUGAAGGCACAGUUGGAGCACUUCAUAUUUUGGCGAAGGAGGAGUACAAUCGCCAGGUUAUUCGUUCACAGAACGUUAUUCCGAUUUUCGUCCAACUACUCUUCUACAAUGACAUUGAGAACAUUCAG